AUGUCUGGUAUCAUAUGGAACGUGAGGGGGUUUGGGAACUUGGCGACGCAGAGGAGGGCUUUGUUUCUGAGACGACAUCAUCAUCUGAGUUUCUUAGCAGUGUUGGAGCCUAUGGUUGAUUUGGACUGCAGGUAUAUGGCUCGGCGCAUGGGGUUUGAGGAGGUAGUCUCUAAUAAAUCUGGGAAGGUUUGGUUUUUCUGGGAUUCUACUAUUGCUUGUAGAGUUUUGUUUGACCAUGACCAGUUUCUACACUUGGAGCUUUCUUCGCAGCUGUUCCCUUCUUCUAUGAUUGUGACAGUGGUCUAUGCCAAGUGUACGAGGUUGGAGAGGAGCUUACUAUGGGAGAGCUUGGAGGAGCUGAGGCCAGAGGGAGACAGAUUGUGGCUAGUGGGAGGAGACUUCAAUGUCAUAUCUAGCAUGGAGGAGCACUCAGCAGGAGUUCUGGCUAGGCCAGGGGCCAUGGAGGAUUUCAAUAAUUUUAUCAUGCUUGCUGGACUGGUGGAUGCAGGUUUUGUUGGGGACAGGUACACAUGGACGAAUAACAGGGUGUGGAAGAGGCUGGAUAGGGUCCUAUUGUCUCCCUCCUGGGGAAGUCUGGAUUUCACAUGUGGCACGAGGGCUGAGAGCUCUGAGGAUGGUGCGAGGAGGCUGAAGGAACAUCUGAAGUGGUGGAACACGGAGGUGUUUGGUAACAUACAUGACAGGGUUUUGCAGGCUGAGGAGAGUAUGGCUGCAGCUGAGCAGGCAUAUGACAGGGACCCCACAGAGCAGAGCAGGAUUCACAGGUCAGAGUGUCAGGCUCAUCUAUUCAGAGUGCUAGACAUGGAGGAGGACUUCUGGAAGCAAAGAGCUGCUAUCAGAUGGAUGGGAGAGGGGGAGAGGAAUACAAAGUUCAGAAGAAGAGGUCAGCUAGCAGACUUUUCAGAGUUUGGGAGGAGGGGCAGUGCCUGGACCAGCCUGAGAGGAGGAGAGAGUCAGGAGUCGGUUUUUUUCAGGAGCUGCUGA